CAAUGCAUUUCUCAUCCCUCACACAUUGUGCUCGAUAUAGUGCUACUAUCACUUUCCUCUCGUUCUGGGUUUUUUGGUUUCAGGGUUAAAGAAAAUUUGUGAAGAUGGAUAUUGAUCUUGCACCAAAGUUGGCCAAGAAGGUUUAUGGAGGAGAUGGAGGUUCUUACUUUGCUUGGUGCCCAUCGGAGCUUCCCAUGCUCCGUGAAGGUAACAUCGGCGCUGCCAAGCUAGCCCUUGAGAAGAACGGCUUUGCUCUCCCCAAUUACUCGGAUUCUGCCAGAGUUGCUUAUAUCCUCCAAGGAAGUGGUGUUGUUGGAAUUGUCCUCCCGGAGAAGGAAGAGAAGGUUCUUCCAGUGAAGAAGGGUGAUGCCAUUGCCCUUCCUUUCGGAGUUAUCACUUGGUGGCACAACAAGGAGGACACUGAGUUUGUAGUUCUUUUCUUGGGUGAUACCAAAACAGCUCACAAAAGGGGUGAGUUCACCAACUUCUAUCUCACUGGUACUAAUGGCAUUUUCACUGGUUUCUCAACUGAGUUUGUCGGCCGAGCAUGGGAUUUGGAGGAGAGUGUUGUGAAGACUCUUGUUGGCAAGCAAAGUGGUCAGGGCAUUGUUAAGUUGGGGGCAUCUAAUUUGCCUGAGCCAAAGAACGAGCAUAGAGAUGGGAUGACAUUGAAUUGCGAAGAAGCUCCUCUAGAUGUUGAUAUCAAGGGUGGUGGAAGAGUUGUUGUUUUGAAUACUAAGAACCUUCCUUUGGUCGGAGAGGUUGGGCUUGGUGCUGAUCUUGUUAGGUUGGACGGAAGUGCCAUGUGCUCCCCUGGGUUUUCUUGUGACUCUGCAUUGCAGGUGACUUACAUUGUUAGAGGCAGUGGCCGUGCCCAAGUUGUUGGUGUUGAUGGGAAGAGGGUCUUGGAAACAACCGUCAAAGCUGGUAACUUGUUCAUUGUUCCUAGAUUCUUUAUUGUUUCAAAAAUUGCUGAUCCAGAAGGCUUGGAAUGGUUCUCCAUCAUCACUACUCCUAACCCGAUCUUCACCCACAUGGCUGGAAGUAUUGGUUGUUGGAAAGCUCUAUCUCCGAAGGUGCUCGAGUCUUCUUUCAAUGUGGAUUCUGAUACCGAGCAACUUUUCCGUUCAAAGAGGACUUCGGAUGCAAUCUUCUUCCCUCCACCAAAGUGAACAAAUUAGCUUGCCUUUGCUAGUUUCUUUAGCCAAAUAAAGGUUUUCUGCUCUCUUUUGCCCUUCCUUUGUUAUCGGUGGAGAUGUUAGCUGUGAUGGUUUGCAACUGCUAUGAUGGUUUGCAACUGGAUUUUUCAUAAGAGUUAAUAUUAGUGGCUUUUAUACUGGUCACAUUGCCUAUAAGAUCUCGAGCAACUUUCUGCAAUCUAUACGUUGUGCUGCAUCUGUUGUUCUCUGUAGUUCUAAUCCUUGGCUCUAGAAGUUUGGGAAGAUUAUUCAAUGCCUUGGUUCUUGAA